AUAAAGGGGUGGGUUAUGUUUCUUUGCAAAGCUUAUUGUGCUUUGUGUCCUUCUACAGGGGUGAUCAGCCAGUGGCAAGUUGAGUCUAAGGAGCGUGUCAUCUCGCUUGUCCUCACCCACCUCCCUCUGCUCAAACCUGGAAACGUGGAAGCCAAGGGUGAGUACAUGCGCUUACUGCCACGCAUCCUGGCCCACACCAUCGAGCAUGGCCAUCACCUGGAGGAGUCUCGCCAGCUCCUGUCCUACGCCCUCAUCCACCCCGCCACCUCCCUGGAAGACCGGGCCGCCCUGGCACUCUGGCUAAACCACCUGGAAGAGAGGGCUGCUGCCCGGGGAGAUUCACUGGAAAGGCCUCCUCCUGCUGGGCCGCACCACCACCACCAUCACCACCACCAGUCCACGCCUCCAUCCACCCUCACCUCUUCAGGAUCCUCUUCCUCCACUAAUACCUCUUCAUCAGGCAAUCUCUACUCCUUGCAUCACCACCAGCGCUACGGCUCGGACGACCGACUCAAUGGGUGGCAGAGCUCCAGAGAUUCAGGGCUGGGCGGAGGCUGGCAUCAGCAGCAGCAGGGCUGUGAGAAUGGGCACCUCCUUCUCUACCCAUCAUCCUCUGUGCCGGCAACCAUUAACACGGUUGGAACUACUGGAGGUGGUAACACUAUCCUGACGAGUGGAGGUGGCAGCCAGCAGCACAGUCCCCUGAAGCGCUCCGUGUCCCUCACGCCUCCCAUGAGCGGCCCCAGCAACCAGCCUCUUGGCCAUGUCUGGCUGUCCCAGGAAGACCUACGAACCGCUAGAGGCCCAGCUCCAGACCACGCACCUCUCUCACCCCAGAGCAGCAUUGCCUCCUCGGGUAGUGGAGGCAGUGAGCAUCUGGAGGAGGCUGGUUUAGGAGGAGGUUCAGGUCUGCAUCGCAGUUCCUUCCAUGAGGAGGGCAGUGGCAUGAGGGGUUAGUAUGAAAGACCAGUGUCUUUACCGUGUAUUCCUAAGAUCGUAUUGAGAAAACAUGUUUACAUUCAGAUAUUGCGGUUCUAUGAACCCACUUACUGACACGCACACACACACACACACACACACACACACACACGGAAAAGCACUACUUUUUACUACAAAACAGUCAUAAAGUAGAGGCUACAAGUCGUCUACUUAAUUGUCUUAUAUUAUGGUAAUCAUACCAAGUUAUUACAAUUAAUUUAACAAUGAUAACAUUUUUGUGCAAGACAUUUUUGAAAAUACUACCUACACAGCAGUAAUAAAAUGCAUUAUAUGCAAUGUUAUUUUACCUGCUAACUGUUCUGCCCUAAGAUGGCAGCAGACAGUGCAUGUCUAGAGAAGAAUGGAUCAGGUUACAGGAGUAAAGUAUUCACUUUUUUUGUGUCAGUAUUUUUAAACGUUUGUAUCAAACACUGUGUUUAUACCAUUGAAGGGAGUGUCAUGCUGUUCAUCGUUGUACAGUGUUGAUGAUGUUCUGAGAGGAUUCAGGAGGAAUGAAGACUUAGCUAACCUGUCCUGGGUGUAGGCUUUCCUAUUUAGACCUAAGUGUUAACAGGGAGAGAGAUGUGACUAGCUCAGUGCAGAAACCUAUAUGACUGCCUGUAUGACUGCGUGUGACUUACAGGCACUCAGCUAGAGGCUUUGACAAGUUGUUGGUCCAGUCAGAGCAGUUUAUCAGGGGACAAAGCGGCCUGAACUGCUGACCCAAGUGACCUUACUCUGAGGCUACCACACUCAGCACUGGAGUAAACCCUCUCAUGUAGUCUGUCUUUUUUUUUUCUCUUACCAAGAUCUUUCAUGUCGUCAUCCAGUUAAACAAGAAAGCUGACAUUCCUCAUCAACAGCCCUAAAAGAACAAGCUAUCAUUUGUCAAUUUCAGUUUAUAGGAACAUUUUUCAGUUGUCUGUUACUACCAGAAAAGAAGCUGCGCUUGGUGUCAGGUGUGUGCAAUUCCAUGGCCAAAAAUUUGGUUUGGUUCAUCACAGAUUUGGUUUUAAA